CCGACACUGGGACCGGGACCGGGACCGGGACCGAUGCACGGCGCAGAGGAAGCGGUGGCGGCCGGGGGGCCGCGGGUGAGGGCGGCGAGCACGCAGACCGACAGCAUGGCCGGUCAAAUGCCAAGACUUUCUAAGGUCAAUCUUUUUACUUUGUUCAGUCUCUGGAUGGAGCUCUUUCCCUCAGCUGAGCAACAGAAAAAAUCACAGGUAAAGAAGAGUGGUCUAGUUGUGGUGAAAAACAUGAAGAUUAUCGGUCUUCAUUGUUCCAGUACAGACUUGCAUGCUGGCCAGAUUGCACUCAUUAAACACGGAUCAAGGCUUAAAAACUGUGAUCUUUAUUUUUCCAGAAAACCAUGUUCAACUUGUUUAAAAAUGAUUGUAAACGCUGGGGUGAACAGGAUUUCUUACUGGCCUGCGGAUCCUGAAAUCAGCUUGCAGAAUGAGGUGUCCAGUCCCAUGACUACUGACGAUGCAAAGCUAGAUGCCAAAGCAGUAGAAAGACUGAAGUCAAAUAGUCGUGCUCGUGUGUGUGUGUUGCUUCAGCCCUUGGUGUGCUAUAUGAUGCAAUUUGUUGAAGAAACUUCCACGAAAUUUGAUUUUAUUCAAAAAAUAGCAAAAUCUCAGCCUGACUCAAAUACUGACUUUUAUGCUACAUGUAGACAAGAGAGGAUAAAAGAGUAUGAAAGUUUAUUCCUAAUUUCAAAUGAGGAAACACACAAGCAAAUAUUGAUGACAAUAGGACUGGAGAACCUCUGUGAAAAUCCGUACUUCAGCAACCUUAGGCAAAAUAUGAAAGAUCUUGUCUUGGUCUUGGCAACAGUGGCUGCCAGUGUCCCUGUCUUCGGAUGCUUUGGAUUUUACAACAGCGAAUCAUGGCAAACAAAUGAAACAGACCAUCAGGGUUUGUCCCAGGAAAUUGCAAGGCACUGUAUGAUACAAGCCAGACUACUUGCAUACCGGACAGAGGAUCAUAAAACAGGAGUUGGAGCUAUUAUUUGGGCAGAAGAAAAAUCAAGAAGCUGUGAUGGAACAGGACCAAUGUAUUUUGUAGGCUGUGGUUACAAUGCCUUUCCUGUUGGAUCUGAAUAUGCUGAUUUUCCACACAUGGAUGAUAAACAAAAGGAUCGGGAAAUCAGAAAGUUCAGAUACAUUAUACACGCAGAGCAGAACGCCUUGACAUUCAGGUGUCGAGAAAUAAAGCCAGAUGAGAGAAGCAUGAUAUUUGUGACGAAAUGUCCAUGUGACGAAUGUGUCCCUUUAAUCAAAGGGGCUGGUAUCAAGCAGAUUUAUGCAGGAGAUGUUGAUGCUGGAAAAAAGAAAGCAGACAUAUCCUAUAUGAAGUUUGGGGAACUUGAGGGUGUAAGCAAAUUUACAUGGCAACUAAAUCCAUUGCACACCAAUGCCCUUGAUUUCCAUGAGCCCACAGCCAGGGAAAAUGGGGUCCAGAAAACGAAAUCACUAGAUGACCAGCAGCACCAAAACAAGAAACUGUGUCUUGGUCACUGUUGAAUAAUUAAGCACUUCUGCAGUCUUGCUCUGUACUUUUUAUAAUGCAGCCUGUUUGCACUUUCAAAUAAGGAAGAGUUUUAUUUAUUGUUUGGAAAGUGAUUUUUAAAAUAAGUUUAUUUAUGAUGUCUUAAAUGUUUUACAGUAUUACCUGAAGGUCUUUUUAAUUUAGAAGUUCUUGCGGAAAAAAUGCUGCUUGUAUUUUCUGUGAAAGUAACAGGGUGGCUAAUCAUUGUUAACAUAUUAAAAAAAAAAUACU